CUUUUCCAGACUUAAAGCGGAGCUUUAUGCUGCAGCUACAGCUGAAUGAAUCCAGCGUACCCUGCGUCUACACAUGCUGAGUGAUACAGAGUAUCAGCAAGACACUGCCGGCAACUGAGAGCCACUGAUUAAAAGAGAAACGGCAACGGAUCUGGUGCUGCCUCUAGUACUCUCUGUCUUGCCCUCCCUCUUUGGGACAGACUGCAAAGGAGGAUAGAGAACAGGGAGGCACUAUCCACAAGACUUCUCAAGCUUGUUUAGUCCAUGCUCCUGUUUGACUUUGUGCUCUGUGCUUAGUCUUGUGUGGCCCCUCAACACCCCUCCCUCAGACCCAUCCCGCCCAAGACAGAAACACAUAGACACCCAGGAAACAAGCAGACAUACAGACCAUUGGCAGACAAGUGAGCAGACAGUCUGAGAUGGAUUUGCAACUAGGUAGAAGAUCAAUUCUGCACAGGUGUGCACAAUCCGGUGAUGUAUUUCAUGCAGGUCUGGUCGUCACACUUCUGCUCGGAGUUUGGUAUGCUCAGGCAUUGGAGGUGAAUACAGGGAAGGUUAAUUUUGUUGAAGUGAUGAAUGGAAGUUCAGUGCUUCUACCCUGCACUUACUCAAGCUGCAUUGGCAUUAAAAACCUUUACUUUAACUGGCAGUACAAGGACAAUGGAACACUGAUUAAGCUCUGUGAGGCAGUUAUCCCAGCAGAAGGAAUAGAACCUAAUGUGAAAAUCUAUCAUGAGCGAGUGGCGUUUGUUGGCUCCAGUAAGGAAAACAACAUCUCCAUCCUGCUGCAUAACGUCACCUUCGAGGACCAGGGAGAGUACAUCUGCUUCGCCCUCAACCCCAAGGAGAAGGGCCGUAACCAUAGCGCAGUUUUCACUCUUUUUGUAGUGGAUGAAUUGAAAGAGGUGGACAACACACUGACUAUCAUCAUUGUGUCCGUGAUCGGGGGGGUCAUAGGCCUGAUCAUUCUCAUCAUGGUGGUGAAAGCUGUGGUCCUCGCCGUCCUAAACAAGGUCCAGGAGAAGAACAAAGAGUGCCUUGUGAGCUCUUCAGGGAAUGACAACACAGAAAAUGGCCUCCCGGCUUCCAAAGCAGACAGCAAACCAACACCAAAGGCAUGAAAAAAGUGUGUAUGUGUACACAUACAAGCAUAUAUUGUAUAUGUGUACAUGCAUACACAAAUAUGACAGAUUGAAAGAAAGUCAUCACAAUGGACAGUUUUAUUCUCUUUACCUUAUGAAGAAAAAAAAUGCUAUGUAUAAAAAUGUAAAACAAUAUAUAAAAUAUAUUUUAGAUUUUGCUUGAGGAAAACUAUAAAGUGCUGCAGGCUGGAUCACACACACUUUGCUGAUCGUCAUAGAUGCAAAUGAUAGAUGAGGAUUUAGUGUGCUUGCAUCCUGCUCUAACUAGUCUGUAAGACACAGCAUACACACACUGCCUUUGUUCAGUGGAAUCCCUCACAAACUCAUGAAGGAAUAAAAGACACACAGGAAGAGGGAAGUCAUUUAUGCAUGCAAAACCAUGGGUGCCUCUUCGAAUUCUAAUAUGUUUACCACAAAUCCAAGCAGCUAACAGAGUCUGAUUGUUAAUCACUCCCACUAAUUUUACAAAUUAUUAUUAGGUCAUAAAGAAUAGGGUAUGAGUGCACUACAAGGCCAGAAACAUACUGUACACAAGUACAGACACCAGUGCUUGCAUUGCAGUUUGUUCUGGCCUACAACCACCGACAUACACAGAAAAGAUGUGUCUGACAACCACCCUUACAACAAUCGAGAGCUCAUUGCAGAUUUGAUGCAAAUUUUCCACUCUUUAUUUUCAGAUGGAAAUGAGGUUGUGAUUUGCCGCAAAUGUUUGCCAGAAGAUUGCAGCAAACCUUUGGCAACAAUGGACAAUUUGUUGCAAAUUUGCCAUGAACUCUCGAUUUUUGUAAGGGCAGGCUUUGAUUUGCUUUGCAUGCUUUUUAGGGACUGGCCAAUCUGAAAUACCUUAUAAUGGAUAAUGAAGUGGCAUAAAAAAUUUUUUUUAAUAAUUGCACAAAGUUUGUACGAAGGCUGUAACUCUGUGUGGACUUACGGGAGAUGUGUAAAGUCAACCAAUCAGAUUAUGCCAUUAAUCAAAUAUGCAUGCUGUUGCACCCCCUUGAGAGUGCAGCAUGUACUUGCAUUGCGAUAUGAACUGCAUUUUAAUUUCGGAACGCAAAGAUGCAUGAAAUCGAGCAUGCGUAACUAGAAGCAGUUGCAUUCACAAACUUCAAUAGAGUAUGUUUCCGGACUAAAAGCAAAGUUUAAAUCGUUUUAAAGAAAAAAUUCCAUCAUUUUCAAAUGACUUCACUUACAAAAACAUCUAGAGUUCUGACAAACUUGCUGCAGAUUUCCCACUGAUUAUUUGCAUAUGCAAAUGAGUUUGUGAUUCGCCAGAAGUUUGGAGCUCUUUUCCAGUAGUGGUUAACCUGCAGAAAACCUUUGGCGACAAUUAAGAGUUUGCCACAAACUCAUUUGCAUGUAAAAAUAAUGACUGGCUAAUUUCCAGCAAGUUUGCCAGAACUCUUGAUUUAUGUAAGGGUUAACGGGGACACAGAUAAGGGGUGUAUAUUCGGGAUCCAGCCCAGCACUGUUUAUUCUUUUCUUUUUUCUUUUUUUAUUUGCUUUAGGUAAAACACAGGUGCCUGUAAAUGCUUCAAGCUCCACAUGCUUUUCCAGGAGCCUUCAAAUGCUAUAUAGAUAAAUUAUUUACACAGUUGCUUACUCAAGAUGCUACGAAGGCUCUGAACCACACGGUGAAAAAAAAUAAAUAAAAUAAAAUAAGAGUGAAAAAUUAAAAAAAUAAAUAGUGUCUCAGUUCCUUCCUGAGCCUAAGUCUUAUUUUUUUUUUUCUCUCUCUUCCUAAAAAAUGAUUUUCUCUCUUCAAAUAAAAAAAAAAAAAAAAAAAAAAAAAAAUCAGGUUACAUAUGUUUGAUAUGGCAUUCGUUGUCGUGUAACAACUGGAGUUAUUUUUUUUUUUUUGAAAUUGUUGGUCUUUCUAAACCAUCUAUGCCAUUUGCUCAGUGUUACAUGGUGGAAGCGAAGGAAUGUAUUGAGGGAAACAUGGGGAAAUUAUUAUUAUGUCUGUCCUUUUCAAGUGUUAGGGGUACACCUGGUAAUGUUAAUAUUGUUGUAAACAAAAAGAUCAUUUAUAAAUUAAAUCCUCACGACUGAACGGGGAUGUCAUGUGCAGACUUUCAUGGUGGAAUUUAAUUAUAAUGAUAUAUUUAUUUUUUAGGAUUUAAUUAUAAAUGAUCUUUUCGAUUACAUAUUUACUGAUAGUGGCACCUGGUGGCCAAGGUUGGUACCGCAUGCAUUUUUUUGAAGAGAGAAAAAAAAACAUUUUGAAGAGAGAAAAAAAAAUUUGAAGAGAGAAAAAAACAUUUUUUUGAAGAGAAAAAAAAAACAAUUUUGAAGAGAAAAAAAUGUAAGACUUAGGCUCAGGAAGGAACUGAGACACUAUUCUUUUUUUUUCACCAUUUUUUUUUUCCUUUUUUUUUUUUUUUUUUCUCCUUGCGGUUCAGAGCUUCCAUACGAUGCAAAAAAGAAAAAGAAAAGAAAAAAACACCUUAAAAUAUAAAGACAAUCCCCAGAAAACAACUCCCCAUAGGAACUUCUGAAGCUGCUUUAACAAAAAUAACCAAUAACUUUUCUUAAACGCAUGUGAAUGAUUUUGAACAUCUAUUGUACUAUGUAUCCAUUUCUCCAUACUGUGCUCUCCUGUCUUUCUUCACACGAUCUGGACAUGACGUGAUCAAUCAGUGCUUGUAUGCAAUGCCACCCUUGCUAGUACGUCUUUUACAUGUCUGACACACAGACUUGGCAUGUUUUGCCACUGUAGUGAAAAUGGUAAAGCUUAUUAUGCCAUCAAAAUUCCACAGGGCACCAAGAUGCAUCAGAAUCUGCCAUUGUUGCCCAGUGCAAAUUUUGACUUUUGAAUUAGCAAGUUAGCAAUUAGCAAUUAGCAAUUAGCUUCUGUGUGCCUAACUACACUUAUAAUACAUUCACUGAUCCUCAUAGAAGAUGUGCUGAAGCUAUUAUUAUUUAUACCAUCAUAUUAUAUGGAUAAAACUACAAGAGUUCUGUGACAAGAUAUAACAGUAAUGCACUGUUAUACUUGAUAUAACUCUGGCUAAUUACAGUUAACCUGUAUCGAGCUUAAGCACAAAUCUCCAAAAUCUUCUUGUAGAUCUGAUUAGCUUGUUGCUAAUUCUCAAAAACACAAAAUAGCAAAUAGUUUUGAUUGGUUGUGGGACUUUGUUUCAUUAAAAAUGUUAUGACACUGUAAAGGGAGUUCUGUUUAUCAAAUCAAGACAAUUUUCGAAAUAUUUAAUUGGUUAUUUAAAGGUGCACUCAGUAACGUUUUGCUCAUGUCUUCUUGGACUUACAGUGACACCUAGUGGUGUGGAUGCAGCAUCAUUCAAAAUCAAUAGUUUUCAGUUACAGAUGCCACUGUAGAAAUUCACAAUUCACAAUCAACCAUGAUUAAUUUAAUCCAAGAGUGAAAGUGUCCAAUAAAAAACACGGUUAUUGAGUUAAGCGAGUAGUAUUCAGCUGGUCACGUGAUUCUAAAAUGGCAACCCCCAUGAGGGCGCCCCUACACCAUGUAUAAUAAAACAGAUUUAAUAAGGUUACUGAUAUGUCUAGAGUCCUCAUCUCAUUUGAGUGGUCAUGAUGUUUGUUUCAAAAUUACAAUUUCUUUAGGAGUAAAACUUUUUUUAAUGGGGAAAAAAAUUCCGAGUGCACCUUUAAGAUUCAAGUGCCAAAAACAGAGGAUGGUUUACUGUCUUAUUUUGUAUUUUCUAUAUUUAUGUUUGUUUCUUUGUCUUUUUUGUUUGUUUGUUUGUUGUUUGCUUUGUUUGUUUGUUUGUUUGUUUUGGAAAACCCAUAAGUGCACAAUGCUCAUUCAAAUCCAUAUUGCCAUAUCUGGUUUAAGUGUAAAUGUAUUGACAAAAUCAUAACAAGCAAUGAAUGUCACUGCGAUUACUCUGCAAAAAUGCAAAGAAAAUCCCUCACUAGUCUUCCCGCCAUAUCCCAAAGAUGAAUGUACUGUAUGUGGCAUCAGUUUGUAGUUAUGGCAGAGUUAAGAGGCAAUGUUUCUGGGCACUUUAUUUUGUAGAUAAAUGUAACAGUAUACGGUAUAAUUAAUGUAGAGCUAUGAGAAGAGAAGAGCUAUGUAGAUUCUAUCGCAGGAUAUUUCAAGAAUAUGUAGUGGUAUAGCUACAGUGGUGAUAUUGAGAAUAUCCGAACAGGAAUAAUUAGACUUUUUGAAUGGCUAUUUCUCUAAUAUGUGCACAUAGUUAGAAGUCUUCCAAAACACUUGACUUUCUUUUAGAAAUCAGGGGCUUCGGCAAUCUCAACAGUUUGGGAUCCUUUUGAUAGAGCAGUAUGAAAUCCUUACUUCACGCUUUUAUUCGAUAUUCAGUCUGGAUAAUUGUGAUUCAUUCUUUUGUUUUACUCGGAAAAUUGUCUUUUUUGACAAUAUGUAUUGCAACACCUCAUUACAGGAAAAGUUCACCCAAAAAUAAGAAUUCUGUCAUUGUUUAUUCAGUAUCAUGGCAUUCCUGUAUUGUUCCCAUGAGAUGUUCCCAUGAUGUUUCAAACCUGUAUUUAUUUUUUCAGUGGAUCACAUAAGUAGAAAUUUCCAUACAAUAAGCUCCAAAAAAAGGUAGAUCAAGCAAGCGAUUUGCAUCUGCGCACUUUUUCUAUUCUUUUUCUAUGUCAUAAUGCGCUAGAUGGACAUUUGUUGACUAUUUUGUUGCGCUCAGCUUCUAAUGCAGGAGUGCCGUGUUAUUUAGACACUGUUUCAGGUUAAAAAGAACAUGUCAUUUUAAAUGUCUCGAGACACUUGCGUUCUGCUAUAUGCUUUGUGCUGCAUCUAGCGGAAGAACACAUUCAGUGUGGACUUCCCCUAACACAGCAUUUUUUAAUUCUGGAUGCAAGCUUUGCAGGAGGAUAAAAUUAUCAGUGAAUAAUGACUUGAAUUUUGGUCUGUUCUAGGGUUGCCAAUUGUCCCGUAUUAGCUGGGACGUCCUGUAUUUUGGUUGGAAUUGUACCGUAUUUUAGGGUCGAGAGGCUCAAGAGAGAUGGCGAAACGCUCGAGGGGGACAGUUAAUUUGUGUUAAGAUCAGUGAUGAUUUAGAGAAAGGGUUUGGUGCCGCUCUGUCCAAUAGAUGCACUGUACAAACUAGUCAGUUUAUAGGGGCUCUCAUUUGGCCUCUUAAAUGUAUUUAUGGGCGAAAUUUUUCACAUAUUAUGCUUCAUGCAGCUUGUAGCCUUUUGUCAUUUACAGUAAGUGUGUUUAUGGAUUAAAACAGAAUCAUAAACAACGAGAUUACGUAAAUCAGCAAUACUAUAAAAAAAAAUAAAAAAUAAAAAAGGAAAAUGUAAAUAUAUAACAGUGCCUAUGGCCCUCAAGAAUGGACUGUUGAACGCAAAAUGGCACCUUGAACUUCUAUCAGAGCUUCUUUUUUAUUAUUUUGCUUUUUCUUUUACUAUAGUUUUUUAAACCAACUCCUGUGCUGUUCAAUGUUUGACUUUAUAUAUAGUUAUAGAGCUUAUUUCUCAUAACUACUUUGAUUCCACUCUGAUAUUUACAGUACUGAUUGUAAAGAUGCAUAGCAGUUUUAUUAGAAAUGUUGAAUGUUGGUUUGUCUUGUUAUGUCUGCAGGAAUGUUUGGCUCUGAUCUGGGCUCAGCUAGUAAUGUCUGUGCAGGCGAGCCACUGCAGAUAGCUGCAGUGUUGCAGUGCAUAGCAUAUGCUAAGAGUGCUGCACAGAACCAUGCAUCUGCAGGCGUUAGGCUGUGUUUCUCUCCGGAUCUGUGCACUUGAAGGGAUAGCCUAUAGCAGGGAUAUUGAAAGGUUAUAUCUAGUUUAAAUUCAACAGAGCAUAUUCAUACUCAACUACUUUACACCCUAACACUGGGAGGCUGAAUAAAUUCAACCUAAUACAAUGCAUGUUACAUACUUAGAUCUAACAAUUAAUAGUAAAUAUGUAUGGCUGCAAUUUAACACAGGCUGUUUGACCUUGGUAGAAAAAUAAUAUAAGACUUACUUCAAAAUCUGCCUCAUAUGCACAGUUAUUCUCUGUAUUUUGCAAAGAGAUAAUUUAUUCUAUGUAUGAAAAGAUAAUUCCCAUAAGUGCAGUGUCCAAAACCUCUUAUGCACUCUUUUAGAAUUCUUGUACUACAUUAAUUUGAGUACUUUUGGCUCUUCCGAUCUGCUGAUUUGAUUUUAAUCAGGCACAGAUUGUUAUUUGUUAAAAAAAAAAAAAAAAAAAAAAAAAAAGCUUACAAAAUAA